UAUAAAAGAGUGUCAUGCUAUCCAAGCAGUCCCAAUUAGAUCAAAUUUAGCUGUAAAGCCAAGUCCUAGCCUUUCUCCAUCCCUCUCUCACCAUCUUUGAGAGUUGAGACCACUCAGUCAUCAAUGGAGGAGAAAAAGCAGCCACUCCUUUCCACAGGAGGAGAAGAUCUCCAAAACAAUGAUCACUCGGCCGACCAACUAGAAACACUCCUACCAACGACUAACACAUCUUCACUCACCUCCUCCUCCACCCUCGAUGCCGACGACAUCCCACCGAUCGGCAGAGUCCGAGAUUUCUACAGAGAGUUCUGCACGGAGUCGAAGAAGCUCUGGUACUUGGCCGGCCCCGCCAUCUUCACAUCCAUCUGCCAAUACUCCCUCGGCGCCGUCACUCAGGUCUUCGCCGGCCAGGUCGAUACUCUCUCCCUCGCUGCCUUCUCUGUGGAAAACUCGGUCAUCGCCGGAUUCUCCUUCGGCAUCAUGGUUGGCAUGGGAAGCGCACUGGAAACUCUGUGCGGGCAAGCUUUUGGAGCGGGUCAACUCGACAUGCUAGGGAUCUAUAUGCAGCGGUCGUGGGUGAUUCUUAACUCGACGGCCCUAAUACUGUCGUUUAUCUACAUAUUUGCGGAGCCGCUGCUGAAGCUGAUCGGGCAGACGACGGAGAUAUCGGAGGCGGCCGGGGUGGUGGCCAUAUGGAUGAUCCCUCAGCUCUUCGCGUACGCCAUAUACUUUCCGAUCUCCAAGUUCUUGCAGGCGCAGAGCAAGAUGGCGGCGAUGGCAUGGAUAGCGGCGGCGGCUCUGGUGCUCCACACCUUCUUCAGCUGGCUGCUGAUGCUGAAGCUGGGGUGGGGCCUCGCCGGCGGAGCCCUGGUGCUGAACGCUUCGUGGUGGUUCAUCGUGGUGGCGCAGCUGGUUUAUAUUUUUAGUGGGACUUGUGGGAGAGCAUGGUCCGGGUUUUCAUGGAAGGCGUUUCAGAAUCUGUGGGGAUUUGUUAGAUUGUCUAUUGAAUCGGCGGUCAUGCUCUGUUUGGAAACCUGGUACUUUAUGGCACUCAUACUUUUUGCUGGAUAUCUAAAGAAUGCGGUGGUGUCGGUGGCUGCGCUAUCAAUAUUCAUGAAUAUAUUGGGAUGGACGAUCAUGGUAGCUCUUGGCAUCAAUGCAGCAAUAAGCGUGAGGGUAUCAAAUGAGCUAGGAGCAGCUCAUCCACAAGCAGCGAAAUUCUCGUUAGUGGUGGCAGUAAUAACUGCAUUCAUUUUCGGUGUCGUAAUGUCGCUUAUCUUAAUCAUCACGCGAAACGAGUAUCCAUCCCUAUUUUCGAACGACACAGAAGUCAAAGUUUUUGUUAGACAAUUCACCCCGAUUCUGGCUCUUUGCAUUUUCAUCGACAACGUCCAACCGGUUUUAUCUGGGGUAGCCAUUGGAGCGGGAUGGCAAGCUUCAGUAGCUUAUGUGAACAUUGCUUGUUAUUAUCUAUUUGGGAUCCCUUUGGGUCUUCUAAUGGGAUUCAAGCUCAACAUGGGUAUUAUAGGAAUUUGGUGGGGCAUGAUUUGCGGGACAUUAGUUCAGACUUUUGUUCUUUUCCUGAUGGUUUAUAAAACCAAUUGGAACAAAGAGGCUUCUGUGGCUGGAGACAGGAUAAGAAAAUGGGGAGGUCACACAGAUUCCCAACAAGACGAUCUAGAAAGAUGAAGAGCUAAGAGAUAUUUCGGUUUUCAAGUGAUAAAACGUGACAUUUAUAAGGAGAUUUUUAGCUAUGCCGCCGGGAAAAUAUUGUUUGUCUUCAACGUUUAUCAUUGAGCGACAGCAAACCUAAAUCCCCAUGUAGAAAACGGCAAUAAACCUAAAUCCAUCUUCUGUUCAAUCCUAACUUCAAUACGAUUGACGGUAGUGAGGAUAUAAC